AUGGCACGCAAACGCAAGAACAGGACGCACCUCAAGGGCGCGCAGCCCGCGACCGCCGCGGCGAGCAGCGUGCCCAAGUCGUUCGUCAUCAAGCACGGCCAGGUCGGCCACUCGCUCACCCAGCUCACCCGCGACGUCCGCAAGGUCAUGGAGCCCAACACCGCCAGCCGCCUCAGGGAGCGCGCGCGCAACAAGCUGAAGGACUUUUUGACGAUGGCGCCCGCGCUGCAGGUGACCCACCUGCUCGCGUUCACGCUCACGGACGUCGCGCCGUCGCUGCGCAUCGUGCGCCUCUCGCACGGCCCGACGCUCAGCUUCCGCAUCGAGCGGUACAGCCUGAUCAAGGACGUGCAGCGCGCCAGCAAGCACACCAAGAGCCUCGGCAUGGUCGAGUACCUCAGCCCGCCCCUGCUCGUCCUCGCCUCCUUCCCCCCGCCCUCCCCAACGACGCCCCCGCACCUCCCGCUCGUCAUGAAAGCCUUCCAGACGCUCUUCCCCCCGCUCGCCCCACACACCCUCACCCUCUCCUCCGCGCGCCGCAUCGUCCUCGUCGCCUACAACCCCGCGCGCGGCACCGUCGACUUCCGGCACUUCCGCAUCGCCGUCAAGCCGCACGGCGUCUCGCGCCGCGUGCGCCGCGUGCUCGAGGGCGACGCCGACGCCGCCGUCGUCGACCUCGGCCGCGAGCGCGACGUCGCGGACUUUGUCCUCCGCCGCGCGGGCGGAGGCGCCGGCGGCGGGCCGGAUGGGUACGAGAGCGCGGCGUCGACGGCGAGCUCGGUCGCGGGGGACGACGCGGACGCGGUGUCGCUCGCGGACGACUACGUCGGGCGGAAUAAUCGGAAGGGGCAGAAGAAGGCCGUGCGGCUGGACGAGAUCGGGCCGCGGAUGGAGCUCCGGCUGGUCAAGAUCACGGAGGGCGUGCCCGGCAAGGAGGGCGGCGUGAUCUACCACGAAUUCGUCAAGAAAACAAAGGCCGAGACGGCGGCGCAAAAGGCGGCGCACGCUGCCAAGGCCAAGCUGCGCAAGGAGCGGAGGGAGGAGCAGGAGCGCAACGUGCGGCGGAAAAAGAAGGAGGGUGCGAAAGGCGACGAGGCCGAUGGGGACGAUAUGGACGAAGACGAAGACGAAAACGAAGAAGAGGACGAGGACGAGGAAGCAGAAGAGGAGGGCAUUCACGACGACGAUUGGGACGAGGACGAAGAGAUCAGCGACGGGGAGGUCAGCGGGGAAGAGGCGGAGGGGGCGUCGGACGGAGAGGAGAGCGAGGAAGAGCCCGAACGCCCCCCGGCCAAAAAAGCGAAGACGAGGAACAAGCGGUAGCCGCACACACAUACGUGCCCUGUUGUAUCACUGUACCGCUUUCGCAUUUUCACCGUCGAGCAGCG